GCUAGGGAAGUUGACCUUGUACAGACAACAUUUCUGUAAUAGAAAGAAGUUAAAGAAAGAGGUGGUGGAAGAUGGUGAGAGCUCCCUUCUAUGACAAAAAUGGGAUGAAGAAGGGUGAAUGGAGUGCUGAAGAAGAUCACAAACUAAGAUCUUAUAUACAAAGAUAUGGCCAUUGGAACUGGCGUGAACUCCCCAAGUAUGCUGGGCUUAAAAGGUGCGGAAAGAGUUGCAGGUUAAGAUGGAUGAAUUACCUCCGGCCUGAACUAAAGCGCGGCAACUUCACUGAAGAAGAAGAUGCAUUGAUCAUCAACUUACAUGAUGAAAUGGGAAACAGAUGGUCCACCAUAGCUAAAAGUUUUCCAGGACGAACAGAUAAUGAAAUAAAAAACCACUGGCACGCUCAUCUAAAGAAACGUACAAAGCGUGAUGAGAAAGAAAAGUCCGAUUGUUGGCAAAGUGAAGCCACCCGGAAUGAGAAUAUUUGUGAAGGUGAAGGUGAAGGUGAUAGCAAUAGCAUCCUUGUUGAUACUCCCAACAACAUGAUCUUAGAGAGUUCACCUUUGUCUCCAGCAACAUCUACAUGUACUGAACAGUCCUCCUUCAGCUCCGGUAGUGCAUCUAUGUUCAGCUUCAAUGUUGUUGGCGGCUUAGAGGAUAACUGCCUUCCAUGUUCGGGAACAUAUGAAGCUGAAAGCAGUGGAGAUUUCUGGAGUCAACCCUUUGUUGCAGACAAUACAUCAUCCUUGGAAAAGGGUGGAUUUGAGAUGCUUUUGGAAUAUGAGGACAUGUAUCAUGACGAUUCCGCAUAUUUGCUUUACGAAUUGACGCAAGGAUGGAUAUAAAGUCGGUUUUCCAGUUUUUUUUUUUUUUAAUUCUAACAUGAGGGUGGACUUGGAUCAUGGUACAUUUAUAUAUAAUUAGGAUAAAAACAAUAAUAACAAUAAAAUUAAAAUUAAAUAUGGUAGGGUGAGAUAAAAAAUAACUAAAAAUUACAGGUAUGUUAGUAAGCACUUGGGGUUAAAUUUUGUGGGUUUUUCCAUUUUAGAUCAUUUAUUGCAAAUCAUAAUAAUUAUCAUUAUUAAAUAAUAUUUUCAACGAUAUUUAAUAUA